AUGGAAUCACAAUCUAAUAAUUUAUUUCGAUUCAAUGCUUCUAUGCUAAGAUUACCCAAAUCGGCUAAAUUAAGAGCUUUUGGUGUUUAUUUAUCUGGUGCUUUAUUUGCCAUUGGAUUUUGGAGUUUAAUUGAUUCUGCAAUAUAUUCAAAAUCAAUAAAUGCAAGUGAUGUUCAUGUUACUUUCAUAGAUUGGAUUCCAUUUUUAUGUUCAAGUUUUGGAAUGCUAAUUGUGAAUAGUAUAGAAAAAUCAAAUUUAAUUUCAAAUUCAAAUAAUACUGAUCCGUUCAGUAGUGGAAAUUUAAAUCACGCAUGGGCAGCUAGAAUUAUAUUAUUUUUAGGAUUUAGUUUAUUAGCUGGUGGUUUAGCUGGUAGUUUUAUGGUAUUUAUAUUAAAAUACUUAAUGAAACAUUAUACUUUUCCAACUUUAGGUAUGGGAGUUUCUAAUAUUGUAUGUAAUGGAUGUAUUAUGUUUAGUUGUAUUGUAUUAUGGUUAUCACAAAAUAUCGAAGAUGAAUAUAGCUAUAGUUUGGCUUUGUAA